AACCACUUCAAAGAGCACGACCAAGCCAACACAACACAACACCGACACCAACCACCACUACUAUGUUAUCUAGAACAGCUGCUACCCUCCUCCGCCGCCAAUCGGCUGCAGUGGCAACCAGAUCGUUCUCCGCCGCGGCUGCCCAGUUCCGAUUUGCCCCGGCCCGUUCCCCCGCAAGCGCGGCUUCCGCCUCCCUCGCUCCGAGACGGCGGUUCUCCGAUGGCUCGGGAUCCCACGACGACUUUGCCCCCCAGAAGAAGGCCGUCUCGGACGAUGUUGACGAGGCCAUCGAGAUGAUCAAGCAGCACGUCAAGGAAAACCCCGUCAUGCUGUACAUGAAGGGAAACCCCAAGAUGCCCAUGUGUGGGUUCUCGGCCACGAUCGUCCAGACGCUGUCGGCCGAGGGUGUCGACUUUAGCAGCGUGAACGUCCUCGAUUACCCGUCGAUCCGAGAAGGAGUCAAAAAAUUUGCGUCGUGGCCAACUAUGUGAGUUACGUGAGAAAGCGAAGGGAAGGGAUCAUUUUCUUGCUGUAAUGCUGUGUGGUUUGUUCGGGGGAGCGAUAUUCUCUGAAUUCAUGAGUUGCUUUUUGAUCCACCACUCAUCAUCGUAUCUAUUGCGUUGUGCAAUCGAAUUCAUAAUGUUUUUGUUUUCGGUGUUUUCUUCUCUCUCGAAACUCAAAGACCGCAAUUGUACAUCAACGGCGAGUUCGUCGGUGGAAACGAUAUUGUGUCCGAGAUGCACGCGUCGGGAGAACUGAAGGAACUGUUAGCAGAAGCGAAAGCCAUCAAAGAGGAAUAAGUAAAGAAAAGACGUAAAACUGG